AUGUAGAAAUUUGAAAAGGACAGAUAUUUUCAUAAGAGCCCAGAAUAAGUAUUUAUCAUUAAUUUAUCAGAUAAGAAGAGAGAAACUAGAUCUGAAAAUGCAAAAUGUUAAAGAUGAUUAACAAAAUGGUGUUAUUAAAUAUUUCAUGAAAAACAAAAGUUCAGACUAACUAUAGUCUCCUGUUCAUAAUGUAUAGUAUUACAGUACUAAAGGAAAACCCUAAAUGAUGCUGUAACGCACUCUUUAAAAAGUUUAAGUGGAACCGGAAGUUAAGAUUGAUGAAGUUAAAGAAUUAAGAUGGAGAGUAUUAUCUAAAAAUUGUUAAAACUUACUUGAAUUAAGUAGAGUUGCUCUUGAUAAACCAAGUGAAUUUAAAUUUAUUGCUCCAUCUCCUUUACCAUCUAAAUCAACAUCUAAUCCAAAAAUGAAAUUUUUAUCUAAAAGAUAAUCCAUUGAACUUCGUUUAGGAGAUAUUACUACUCCAACACCUUCUUAACCUAAACCAAUUCCUAAAAUACUAUAAGAUCCGUUUUUUAUCAAAUUUAAGAAAUUUUAUUAAAAAAUUGGGUUGCAAGUUAAGCAGCCUUCCAAAUUUAAUUUCAAUCCAGAUUAAAGAUAAACAUAAUAAAGUGCUGAAAAAUAAAUACAUAAGAAACAUCGAAGUUUACAUCUUUCUCCAUAAUAAUCAAGUUUGAAUUUUUCUCAAAAAAAACCAAAAAAUGCUUAUUUUCUCUAAGAACUUUUAAAAGUUUCUUCAAAUGCUUAAAGAUUUUAAAUUAAUUUAAAAAAAGAUCAAUCAGAUAAUAUUGAAGAAACUAGCUAAAAAUUAAACAAUAUUUAAUCAGAAUUUGAUAAGUUCCAUUAACUGUUAAAUUAGUCUGAUUCAUUUUGA